CCGCGCAAUCUCCAGCCAUUUCAGCCCCGGCGCAGCCGCACCAAACAACCCGGCAGCGUUUGCCUUUCACACGCUCAGGCGCAGAUCGCGACGACGCGACGCUCGAGCCGGGACGAUAUCGAGCGCGUUUGACAGGAUGGCAAUUUUUAUUCACCCCGCUCAAAUUGUGGGGCAAAAAGAAUCAUGGCGCUGUCGCAGGCCUUCGGCCUACCGAAUUUAGAUGUGCAGUCGUAUCGCUGCUGUUUUGUCCAGAUGCUAAAUGGGAUUUCGUGGCUUGGUGGCUCGUGUUUAUAUUCUCGAUCAAAUCUCAAUGCUUGUUUAGUAUCGUUUUAGCGCUGCAGUGUUAUCGAUCGCUCGGGGGGGUUUUUUAUAUCGAUUUAUACAGAGCCGACAGCGGUGCCCGGCUAAAUUGUAUCUAGAAGAUUAUUUUAAUUCGUUUUGUUGGUUAACUGCACGUUUGCUUGAGCCGAAUGUGUUUGAAACAGCAGUUUGAGUUCCGUCGGUGUGUUAUAUUUCUCCGCCAAACCGCCCGCUCUCUCUCUCUCUCUCUCUCUUUAACACGGAUUAUUCGCAGUUUGAAAAUAACCGCCAUUUGUGUGUUUGUUAUUGACGCUCGACUUCACUCGACUGAGUUGAUUUUAGUCGUCUCGGAGGUUCAGACCUACCCUUUUAGCCACGGUCUGUGCUUGUUCGGGUGUCUUUUCGUGUUUAUGAGCGUUUUUCGUGACUUGGUCAGAUGUAGCGUCUUCCUUCCAGAGUUUAGGCUGUCAGGCCAUUGAAUUGAAUUGAACUGAACUGAAUUGAAUGAUACUGUAGCUGCGCGAGCGGGUUUAUCUAUCUAUGUACGGGUAAAUCGUAGCACCCGCGUUACCGAAACCGCGUUUUUAUUUACGUUUCGCCUUUUUUUUUUUUUUUUUUUUUUUUACAUUUCCAAAACGUUUAUUAAACGCAAUCCACAUUGUGAAGGACAUGCCGUUACAGUGUCACGACCUCCAAUAAAAUAAAAGCACAUCUUAAAAAGAUUUUCAAACUGUGUCUCUUAGUCUGUCAUUUUGAUGCAGCUUUAAAUUGUAGUGUUUUCAUGUGCUUGCACGUUGUAUUUAUAAUAUGUGCGUCAAAUGUAUCAUGCUGCUAUCUUUUUUUGGUUUAUUUGCACACUCUUUCGGAUAAAUGCCCAAAACAGACUUAUAGACUUUCCAGCCAGACCUCGUCAAAACAUUAACUAUGUGAAAUUAAUAUUAAUCUUUAGAACAAAUUAUGUUGAUUGUGUUUGGCGCCCCCUUGUGGAGUGAUGUUUAAAGUGACAAUAAUAGAUGCAAUGCUUUAGGAAACUGAUUAUUAGAUAUAUGAUUGGAAAGGAACAGGCCCCUUUUCCCUACACACUAAUUGGACCUAUUGUAAAUGGCAUAUACAUUUGCACACAGUUUAAAUAAGUAGAUCAUGCAAAGACUUAACUGAAUGUACACUGAUGCACCAAACGUGCUAUCAUUAUAAGACCGUAUAACAAGAUGUGCUCUCUUGUAUAUUUGCGUUAAAUGUAUAUGCAAAUGAAAAUGCAUGUAUACUUCUCCCCCAUCUAAAUAACAGGUGCAUGACGCUCGCCUCAUCCGUAAAUCUGCAUUAAUGCGGUUGCUCGAGGAAUCUGCGCUCACGUGUCAUUUGUGUGUGUGUCUCAGUGUGUUUGAGAGAAACCGUAUCGGGUGAUGGAAGACCACACGGUGCAUCAGACGGAGCACAUGACCACUAUCGAGGCCCACGCCGUCACUCAGCAGGUCGGGCAGGUGCACGUGGCCACGUACACGGAGCAUGGCAUGCUGAGCGCCGACGAGGAUUCGCCGUCUUCCCCCGACGAUGACGCUUACGACGACUCCGAUAUACUUAACUCCACUGGAACAGAUGAGGUGACCGCGCAUCUGGCCGCUGCAGGGCCUGUUGGCAUGGCAGCAGCUGCAGCUGUGGCAACGGGGAAGAAACGGAAGCGGCCGCACAUCUUUGAGUCGAACCCUUCGAUCCGUAAAAGACAGCAGACUCGAUUGCUAAGGAAGCUGAGAGCGACUCUAGACGAGUACACGACACGGGUUGGCCAGCAGGCUAUUGUGCUGUGCAUCUCUCCCUCCAAACCCAACCCCGUGUUUAGAGUAUUUGGAGCGGCACCGUUAGAGAACGUUGUGAGAAAAUACAAGAGCAUGAUUCUGGAGGAUCUGGAAAACGCUCUGGCUGAACACGCACCCCCUGGCGGUGGAGAACUCAGCUCUGAACUGCCUCCGCUGACUAUUGAUGGCAUACCAGUGUCUGUGGACAAGAUGACUCAGGCCCAACUCCGAGCAUUCAUUCCAGAAAUGCUAAAGUAUUCCACAGGCCGUGGGAAGCCUGGCUGGGGGAAAGAGAGCUGCAAGCCUAUCUGGUGGCCGGAGGACAUUCCCUGGGCCAACGUACGCAGUGACGUGCGAACGGAGGAGCAGAAACAGAGGGUGUCAUGGACGCAAGCCCUGAGGACUAUCGUUAAAAACUGCUAUAAGCAGCAUGGGAGAGAGGAUCUGCUCUACGCCUUUGAGGACCAGAUCACCACACAACAAGUUGCCACAACAACCACUCACAGCAUUGCACACCUGGUGCCGUCACAGACCGUAGUGCAGACGAUCAGUAAUCCUGAUGGAACCGUCUCGCUCAUACAGGUUGGAACUGGAGCCACGGUAGCAACACUGGCAGAUGCGUCAGAAUUGCCGGGCACGGUGACGGUGGCCCAGGUGAAUUACUCCACAGUGACAGAUGGAGAGGUGGAACAGAACUGGGCCACGCUACAGGGGGGCGAGAUGACCAUCCAGACCACGCAACCGUCGGAAGCCACGCAGGCUGUGGCCUCCUUAGCCGAAGCUGCUGUAGCUGCCUCGCAAGAAAUGCAGCCAGGGGCAACUGUUACUAUGGCACUCAACAGUGAAGCAGCAGCUCAUGCGGUGGCGACGUUAGCAGAAGCGACUCUUCAGGGAGGAGGGCAAAUCGUGCUAGCAGGGGAAACGGCGGCUGCGGUCGGAGCUUUAACUGGCGUUCCGGACGGCAGCGGUCUCGUCCAGAUUCCAGUCAGCAUGUAUCAGACUGUCGUCACCAGUUUGGCCCAGGGAAAUCGGCCCGUUCAGGUGGCCAUGGCUCCCGUAGCCACGCGCAUCGACAACACGGUGACGCUUGACGGACAGGCGGUGGAAGUGGUGACCCUAGAACAGUGACAUACUCUACCCCUGCAGGUGUGUGGGACAGGACAUUCGGCGCCUAUGUGAAUAGCUGCUGGAAUAUAGUGUAAAAAUAAUAUUUGAAGCUGUUCACAUACGUCUGCAGGGGGCUGGAUAGUGUUCUUUUUUUUUUUUUUUUUUUUUUUUUUUUUUUUUGUCUUUUUUACAUUGUACACAGUUCAUUGUCUUUUUUUCCUUAGCGUUGUUAAAUUUGUCUUUUCUUUUUUUAGCUGAUGUUUGAUAAAUGCAUUGCAGAGGAUACCUAAAAUUCACAGGUCCGUUAAUUGUUUCUCUACAAUUACUGUGCAACAAAACUAAAUCCACCACAUUUUCAGCCUUGAAAAACUGGUAUAAUUUAAUUUCUUCCCAUGCAAGCUUUGUGUUGGUCAUUCUUGAUAUCUCCUCAGUUUUUAUCUAGGUUUGUGUGUACGCGUGUGUGUAUAUACAUUUAUAUAUAUAUAUUGCGAAACAUCUUGUGCCAUACGAGUCACUUCAUUAAUAUAUUAUGUGUAAAUUGCAUUAUGAUUUUAGUGUUAGAUCCCAUUGACUACUGAGAUGACAUGCAUGUUUUUUUGUUUUUCCUUUUUCUUUUUCUUUUUGUCGGUCUGUAUAAUGUAGAAUUCUUUUGUAUGCGUUUCACAUUAACUCCCAAUGUAAAAAAUGGUAUGACCUUGAAUGAUUAUGUGGUAUAUUGAAUGAGACCACCGUUUCCUGUCGGUACUGAAUUGUUCUGAAAUUCGAGCGCUGUCGCUCAGUGCUAUCUAUAGCUUUUCGCUGAAUUGUACUAUUAAUCGAUAACUAUAAAUGUCGACGACUUACCAAUGAGGAGGCUGAAGAUGUAGCACUCCAUAUCGUUCAACUUUUAUACUUCAGAACAUGAACAGAACUUUGCAUAGCGGAUUCUGUUAAGAAACUGCUGGGGGGGAAAUGUUUUAUUUAUUUUUUAUUUAUUUUUCUAAAGGGUUUUGUUUGGAUGCGCGCUCAUAUCUUUAGAACAACACACAAAAUCACCCAUUGAGAGGUAAAGGUAUGAUAGAGGACAUAUUCAGAUUUUAUUACGAAGUGAAAGAACCAUAAGUUCAUAUCUCUUUCUUUCUUUUUUUUCUUUCAAGCUCUUGUAUUGCUUCUACAAUGCAAAUUUGUGUCGCAUAUAUGGAUGUUUUGUUACUGUUUAGCACCAUAACCCAUCAAGUUGUCUGCUCCUGGUCGGAUUGAAUUUUUAUACGACUGUAAAACCUCAUACAACAAGAUUCUUUUUAUGUAAAUUUUGUAAAAUAUAAGGUUUGAUGAAACCGAACUCUCCCGUGUUUCCAGUGAACGAAUGAUGGGGACAUUGGCAGAGUUUGUCUUUCACUUUUUAUCCAGUCUUGGAAAUAAAAUGGCCACUAUUCAAAAA